UCUCCCAUUUGUAAUGAACACCGCCAUCUUCCAUCCACUAUAUAAGCAUAACUCGUGUUUUGUUUUCCCAAUAUCACCUUACUCACACGGAGGCCACCACAUGGAAAUGUCUUUCUUGCUCUACACAUUCCUUACCCUGCCCCUUCUACUGGGCCUAGCUAAAUCGGACCCAGAAUCACUUCAAGAUUAUUGCGUUGCAGAUCCAAAACCUUCUUUUUAUUUGAAUGGUGUACCUUGUAUCAAUCCGAAGCUGGUAACUACUGCCCAUUUCACCACUUCAGCUCUUGCCAAGCCUGGGAACACUCGAGCCAACCCUUUUGGCUUCAAUGUGACGCUCACCACCGUUGCUAACUUACCAGGGUUGAACACCUUGGGCUUAUCUCUAGCCCGAGUUGAUAUAGCUGCAAAUGGAGUCGUUCCGCCUCAUUCUCACCCGCGAGCCUCUGAAGUCACUAUUUGUCUUAAGGGUUCAAUCCUUGUGGGUUUUGUUGAUACUUCUAAUGGUUUGUAUACUCAACAGUUACGUGUUGGAGAGUCGUUUGUGUUUCCAAAAGGAUUAAUUCAUUUUCUGUUCAACCUGGAAUCAGCCCCAGCACUAGCUGUUUCUGGACUCAGUAGCCAAAAUCCAGGAGCCCAAAUAGCUUCUCUAGCAGCAUUUACAUCAAAUCCCUACAUCCCAGAUGAUGUGGUGAAGAAAGCAUUUCAAAUUACUACUCAAGACGUCAUGAAGAUUCGUAAAAAUCUUGGAGGAUAAUUAAAAACAUUGUAAGCAAGUCUAGCAAGAAUCUAUGGUCGUUGAAUUUGAUUACUUAACCAUGUGUAUAAUCCAAGCAAACACAUUACUGUAUUCUAUACAUCUUGCUCAGUUAUUUGAGAAUACAACACAUCUUUUUUACUUAAAAAAAUUUAUGUUAAUGAGCUUAAGCAUUAUUUAU